AUGAAAUAGUCUAAACAAACUUAAAAUUAAGCUCAUGAUGAUUAAUUCUCUGGGUCCAAUACUCCAAAUGUUCAUGGAUUGUUUUUACCAUAAACAAUGACUAUGGGUGUAAUAUAUUGAAAUAAAAUGAAAGUAAAUGUCAGAAGACAGAAAAGGAGAAGAUUAAAAAUUAAAAUUAAUAAGAGCUUCUACUGAUCCUUAUGAGGCAUUUAAAGAUGAUGAUUUUUUAUAUCCCACUAAAGAAGAUGAAAUGUCUCUUUGGCAAAAAUAUUCUGGAGAUUAUAUUUAAGGAAUGCCUGUAUUACCAACAGGAAAAUGUAGUUUAUUUUGUAACAUUGUUUGUUGUUUUUACUUUCUUAUAUUUGGUUUAGUUUUUGUUGGAAUAGCUGGUAGUAUUACAGAAGUAAUAAUAAAUAUAUAUAUAUAGAUUAGAUUAAAUUAUGGUAAGGAAUGUGAAGGUAAAUAGCAAUGUAUAGUUAAUUUUGAAAUUGAGAAAAAUACUUAUGGUCCAUUCUUUUUAUACUAUGAAUUAAAUGAAUUUUAUACUAGUCAUUCUGAGUAAAAUUAGGGUAUUUAUAGAUUAGUUUUGCAUAAUCAAUCAGUCCAAAAUAAAUGAAGGGUUAUGAAUUGACAGAUGAAGAAUAUGAUGUAUAUUGUCCUGAUACAUAAUCUUUUGAAUCUCUUUAGAGACCUGUUGGAUUUAAUAAAAGUUAUGCCGGUUUUAUGAUAGACUUAAAUAAGAAAGUCAGUCCAUGUGGCAUAGCUGCUAAAUAUAUUUUUAAUGGUAUAUCAAUUGGUUUUUUAAUAUAGAUUCUUUCCUAUUAUUUGAUGUUAAUACUGAAACUGCUACAUCUUUAGCUCUUAAUUCAACAGGAAUUGCAUUUUCUGUUGAUUUAGAAUAUAAAUAUUCAAGAACAUAGAAUUCAUAAUUUAGAUAAUGGUUGGAUCUUGAUGAUGGUAUAAAAUACUGUUUAUUCUAUAUAGAAAAACUCAUAAAUUGGUUUAAUAUUCAAUCAUUACCCUUGGUUAGAAAGUUAUAUGCUCGAUAUGAUAAUGAUUUAUCAAAAGGAACCUAUAGUGUUGUCAUUUAAAAUAGUAAAUUCUAAAAAAUACAGCUUUAGAUUAUCCAACCAAAAUUUUUGGAGGAGAAAAGUUUCUUAUUGUUACUACUCUGUCUUCAUUUGGUAGCAAAAAUUUUUCUUUUGGUUAUUUGCUUAUUGCAACUGCAGGUGUGUAGUUUUUAAGUGCUUUUGUUGUUUAUAUCAAACAUAAAAUGGUAGAGAAGAAAGAAAAACAUGAAUAGAAAAUACAUGCUGAUUUAAAACUCAAAGAAAAAUCCGAUUGA